AUGGUCAACUUCUUCGAUCUCCCGAUAGAGAUACGCGAGAAGAUUUAUCGUUAUUCCAUCAUCGAACCGAAAACCCAAGAUAUGAGUGUACAGUUAUUGAAUCAUUCAAAAUCACUUUAUACAUUUCCGCACAUCACGCUCAUCGAUUCGAGAAAUGGCGUCACCGACGACGAUAGAAUGCCGGGGAGAGAGUUUAUUCUCGUCAGUAGAAGAGUUCAUGCGGAGGUCAAGCUGGCUCUUGCUCAAGAAUUUACUUUCUAUUGGGAUAGUCCCAAGCGAUUCCUCCGUGAUUUUAAUUAUUGGGGCGAUUACUUGCGCGAUAACGUUCGAAUGGUAGAAUUCGCAGUGACGCCUAUGAUUACAGAAUAUGAAGGUGCUGAGCACAUACACCCUCGAUGUAGAGCAGGAAUACAUGAAGCGCCCACGUGCAAAACUGGUUCAUGGGAGACCGAUUUGUGGUUCGAGGCAUUCGAGAUUCUCAACUCAUUUGAAAGUAUAAGGCUCUUCGACUUGAUGGCUUUUAAGGAAUCAUGGAGUUUGCAUGGGGGUUUGAAUAUGUCGCGAGCUAUUGUAUGUCUUGGCCAUUUGGAAGAGACUGAAGAGGGUGGCGCAAAGCAGAAGUCUUAUUGGAGUAUGGUCCGUGAAGCGAGGCGGGAUGGGCCCGCGCCAGACCCAAGCGAUCCGAUCUACUGGGAGCCUCUAGACGAUUGUAAUCUUCUCAAUCAUCGAAGAUUUAGCGAAUUUUUGGCUAUGCUCAGAUGUGUCAGGGCGAAUCGUUUUCUGGAGAGAGAAGACAGACGAAUCCUAACAACUGUCUCUGUCCGCGUGAAUUGGCUUAGCAACAGCUUUGGGAAGAACAAAUUUUACUGGAUGAUCCGGAACGAUGCAUCGCGGCUGGUGAGGGAGAGGUAUCGGGCAUUCGGCGUGAGAGCCCGACGUGGCUUGUAUUCCUCCAACUUAAAGUUACCUCGUGUUGGAUGGAAUGUGCCAACCUCGGUUUACUAUUACAAAAGAUCCAAACGAUCUGUUAAUCGCAAUCGUGCCAACUCGUAUCAAAAGUUACAACAAUACAAUCGAAGAAUGGUUCGCUUAGGUAGAUUACAACGUUCCCGACUGCUUGCUUCCGUUCAAGAAGAUGAAGCUGUUGACAUUCAACAACCAGGAGCUUCAGUUCGUAGACGAAGGUUGUGCCGGGGCCUAAGAACACGAACUGAAAAAGAAGAAGAAGAAGCUUCCCCAAUACAAGAAGUCAAAGUCCGUGGACCAUCUCAAAAAUUACGACGGAGAUACAAAAGAGCGGUGCGCUCUUGGAGGAUUGGACAGCCUAGCCAAACCAGUCUCGGCCAACGAGAUGAAAGUGGUGGUUCUUCCGAGUCCGAAGCUCCAAUGCGUAGGCGAAGAUUGAGGCGUGGUAUCAAGCCACAGGAUUUAGGGACCAGUUUCGGAUUGCAGGAUAUGGAGUUAGAUUGA